UCUUGAAUUUAUGUUGAUUCGAUUCUUGAUCCAUCAGAAUUUCGAAUGAAAACAUUCAUCAAAAAAAAAAAAAAAAAUGUCAAUCAUAUCAUGGAACAUGUGAAAUAUAUGAAGAAAAAAGCUGAUCUAGAAUUAGCAUCCGAUGAUUAUCCACAAGCAUUACAAACAUAUACCAAUGCAUUGAAACAAUUGGCAAAGAUUUAUGAAAUCGAUGAAAAUGAUGGCAUACGAAUCGAUACGAUUAUCGAUGAUUCUAAUUUGGAAGCAAAAAUUUUUGCUAAACGUUCUAUUGUUCUAUUACGAAUGAAACAAUAUUAUUAUGCAUAUGAAGAUGCUCGACAUGUUACGAAUAUUUUUCCUGAAUGGUUCAAAGGUUAUCUACGUCUAGCAAAUAUUGAAUCUGAAUGUGGAUUAUAUGAAGCAUCGCUUACAAAUUAUCAAUUAGCUUUACGUUAUCUUCAUUCAGAACCCGAUGACUCGAAACGAAAUCGUUAUGAUCAACAAAUCAAUGAAACAAUUAAAUAUCAAUUAUUUCUAAUACAACGUCAACGUAUUUAUGAUUAUCAACUAAUAUGGAUAGGCACUGCAAUCGGUUUGGUUUUUGGAAUGGCCAUCGUAUUCUUUGAUUUCGUACAUAAUCGUACCAAUUCUUUUAUCAAUCAUCCAUUAUUAAAAUUAUUACUCAUUGGUUUAUGUUCAAUCAUAUUCUAUUAUCUAACAAGUUGGCAACGAAAUUGUAGCCAUUCAUGGAAAAAGAAAUUAUUGGAACCACCAACUGGACAUAAAUUUGAUGAUGAUGAUGAUGAACAAUAUGAAAAUGAAAUAAGAGAAAAAAUCGACUAAUUUUACACAUAAAUGAUUCACAUCAAUGAAUUUUUUACUUUCAAUAUAUAAUAAUCAGUGCUAGCUAAUAUGUACAAA